UGGCAUCACUUCACCACUAGCAUUGCAUCUCCGAAAGUACAAUAAAACACAUGUAAUGUAAACGUAAUAACGAAAUCUUGUUCUGUCUGAACUCUGAAAACCCCAAACCCUAAAGAGCCCCAAAACCUCAAACACAAAAACAUUCGAGGAAAAAAAAAGGAAACUAAAGUAAACAGAACCUCCAUAACAAUGGAAAACGAAACAAAGCUAAGCAUAUACAGAGCAGCAAGGACGAUAAAACGUAAAGACAACACUCUCUACAACGCACUUAGAUCAAUUUACGAGGAUUCAAUCUUUGUGGGUGAAAUCUCCCAGUUAUGGCCUCAACUCCCUCUCGUUGCUAACCUCCGUUGCGGUCUCUGGUAUAAUCCCAAAUUUCACUCCACUUGUUACUUUAAAUCCACCGAUGGUCAUACCAAUAAUUGGUCUUUCAAUACUUCUCGUCUUAACUUCCACAUCGCCCUUCUCGCUGGACAGAAGGGAGGGUGUAUUAUAGUUGAUUCGACACGGAGGGGGAAACGGUUUCCUGAUAGUAUGUCGAAAACUAUACCUAUUUGGACUUGUGUUUUGAAUCGCUCCAUUUUUAAUUUUUUAAACAAGUUGUCUAAUGCUGAUGCUUCAUUGGUGAAGCAGGAUUCAAAUACAGGGUGUAACUCUCAUGAUUGGGAUUGUUCAUUGCAUCUUCCCCUUUGGGUUUCUGAAACUGAGAAGGCAGCAAUUGAGGACCGAUUAGAAGGAUGGACCAAAGACCUGGAAACAAGCGGAGCUGAUAUUGUGAUCCUUGCAUCGUGCUUGAAGAAGCCUUUGCGUCCUCUAUGGAUUUCUCAGAAAACUGUCAUCUGGAUAAAUGAAGUACCGGAUUAUGAUUCUUGGGAUUUCACACCUAUAAUUCUUGUUUCUGCAUCUUCCACAAGCGGAGUAACUCAACAUAGGACUACCUCAGAGUUUAGUUGGAAUUAUAUACCUGGAGCUGGGGAUGAUGAAGAAAGUUGGGCUAGGGGCUUGUCUCCUAAUCUCUUUUGGAAUCAUGCCUAUGAUCUUAUUAGCACUGGACCUGAUGUAUGUAACCAGAAGGUUGCUGAUAUAGUUGAGAAGGACAGAGUAUAUCGUGCUCGAAGAGGGCAAGAUGCCCCUCAGAUCACUGUCAAACCCUCAAUCUCUGAGAGAUCACCUUGUUUGGACCCUGAUCUUUCAAACAUUACGAUUAGCCCUUCUGAUGAAGAAUGUGGAAUAUUUUGGCUAGGAUCUACUAAUCUUGCUCUUGGCUCCUCUCAAAUCGCGGCUGAACGUUCAUCUAACAUUGACUGUGUAUUGAAUUGUGAUCAAUGGCCAAUCUCUGUCCAUCAUCAAGAGGCCGAAGCGUAUUUGCAUCUUCCUAUUGUGAGCUCGAAGAUGGACCGGUUUUCUUUGUUUAAUAACCUUCCUUCUGCGGUUAACUUUGCAAAAUCAAAUCUUACAAAAGGGAGAACACUUCUUAUAUGUUGUCACGACGGGGAAGAUAUUAGUGUAUGCGUUUGUCUGGCUAUCUUGAUAUCAUUAUUUAAUGAUGAAGGAUCUUUUGAUGAUGGCAAAUCCUUCAGUGAGACUGGUAUCACAAAAUGUGAGAUGCGGCGACGACUUGUAUAUGUUUGUAAAUUUGCAAUAAAGGCCCGGCCAUCCAGAGGAAAUCUCAAGCAAGUUUUCAGUUUUCUUAAUAGUGAAGUUGCCGAAGUUUAAAUUAUUUUAGUCACCUCUCUUUACAUGUUAACAGUGAAAUGGUGCUGACUGGCGGAAUUAUUAUUGAAAUGUAGCGUUCAGGAGAGAAAAUCUUAAGUGAAAACUGAAUUUUAAACUGCUGUUUAGUUUUAAUUUGUAUUUUUAAAAUUCCAUGUAUAUUUAUAAUUUAACCAAUUUUUUAGAUUUAGCAAUAAAAUUCCAUUGAUUAUGUUCUUA